GGCUCGCUGCUGCCGCCGCCGCUGCUCCACACCAUGCGAGGUGGCUGCGGCUGCCGCCCGCGCCGGGGAGCAGCAGCACCGCCCGCCCGCUCCGGCCUCCCUCCCUCCCUCCGGCUCCCGGGGACGCCCUUCGCGACGCCUCCAUGGACCCCCGCGCGGCCAGCGGAGGCGACGGCCGGUCAUCCACAUCAGACCUCAAUGUGGCAUUGCGUGAGUGUAUGGCAGCUCUGGAUUUGUUUCUUAACAACAAGUUCUCAGAUGCUUUGGCUUCUUUACAAGCAAAAACUAAAGAGAGUAUGUAUCAUGCACUGACUUAUGCCACCAUACUGGAAAUGCAAGCAAUGAUGACAUUUGAUCCUCAGGACAUACUGAAUGCAGGAAACACAAUGAAGGAAGCUCAGGCUACUUGCCAAAAAUUUAGGAAGAAAUCUACAGUAGCUGAUUCUAUCAACAACCUUGUGCAUAGACAAAGCCUUGAACACUUCACUGAAGAGGAAAUCCAUGCAGAAAUUUGCUAUGCUGAAUGUUUACUUCAGAGAGCAGCACUCACAUUCCUCCAGGAUGAGAAUAUGGUUAGCUUCAUUAAAGGAGGCAUCAAAGUCCGAAACAGUUACCAAACAUACAGGGAGCUGGACAGUCUCAUACAGUCUCCACAUUAUGUCAAAGGAGAGAACCAUCUUCAUUUUGAGGGAGGUGUAAAACUUGGAGUUGGAGCAUUUAAUCUGACAUUGUCCAUGUUUCCUGCACGGAUACUGAGAUUGCUGGAGUUUGUUGGGUUUUCUGGGAACAAGGAGCAUGGUCUGCUGCAGCUUCAAGAAGGAGCAUCAUCGUACAGCUUUAGGUCGGUGCUGUGUACCAUGCUGUUGCUUUGCUAUCAUACUUUCAUGACCUUUGUGUUAGGGACAGGAAAAGGAAAUGUAGAGGAGGCAGAAAGACUACUCAAGCCUUACUUGGCACGCUAUCCAAAGGGAGCCAUAUUCCUGUUUUUUGCAGGCAGGAUAGAAACGCUAAAGGGUAAUAUUGAUGCGGCAGUUAACAGGUAUGAAGAAUGUUGUGAGGCUCAGCAAUACUGGAAGCAGUUUCAUCACAUGUGUUACUGGGAGCUCAUGUGGUGCUUCACCUACAAGCGCCAGUGGAAGAUGGCUUUCUUCUAUGCGGACCUGCUGAGCAAAGAAAACACUUGGUCAAAGGCUACUUAUAUUUACAUGAAAGCUGCUUAUCUCAGUAUGUUUGGACCAGAUGACUGCAGCCCUUUUGGAGACAGCGAAGUUGAAUUAUUUAGGAUUGUUCCCAGUUUGAAACUGAAAAUUGCAGGGAAAUCUCUGCCUACAGAAAAGUUUGCCAUUCGGAAAGCUCGACGAUAUCUUUCUCCAAACCCCAUUCCUCUGCCCGUUCCACCUUUGGAAAUGAUGUAUAUCUGGAAUGGCUAUGCUGUAAUUGGAAAAUGUCCCAACUUAACAGAAGGCAUGUUAGGGACUCUAAUUGAAGCAGAAGAAGCAUUGGCAAGAAGUUCAGCUACAGAAUUAUUGGCAGAUGACCAGUGUGUGAUAAAACUGUUAAAGGGCUUGUGCUUCAAGCAUUUGGGCAAGAUCUCAGAAGCAGAAGACCAUUUUAAUUACAUCUAUUUACAUGAGAAGAAGAUAAAAUAUGACCAUUAUCUAAUUCCAAAUGCCUUGCUGGAGCUGGCAAUACUCUAUCUAGACCAGGACAGAAGAGAAGAAGCGAUAAAACUACUGGAAAGAGCAAAACAAAACUACAAGAAUUACUCCAUGGAAACAAGAACACACUUCAGGAUUCAAGCUGCCCUGCACCAAGCCAAAUCCGCCCCGGAAAAUGGAGUGCACUCGGGAGCCUCGGCAGUGUCGUAACUUUUUCUUCUUUGAUGUCCUGUUCGUUGCAAACGUCGGUGCAGAAAAUUCCUGACACUUUAGAAUCAUUUUUUUCCUUCUCCUUCAAGUCGGUGAGAAACCAAAUCAUUGAAAAUCUUCAAGGUGAUGCAUAGAACAUUAAUCGAGUGUAAUAACGUGGCAAAAAACCUUCCCAAACCAACCAUAACCCUGAAAAAGAGUGGUUUUCCAACAGCGGCUUCUUGAAUACUUACGUCUGUGUAAUUCAUUUUUCAGUCAUGUGUGCCUUUUUCUUGCAUUCACAGCAUUUACUAAGCAAGCUACCGUGUAAAGGGGAACGAUUGGUCAAAAGCGAACAACCAAACGUUAAAGUUCACUGAUUUAAUCUGUUAUCUAUACAGGUUGGUUUGAAUUUGCACUGCUCACAGUUGAGAAGGAAGCAUCACGUUUUCCAAGUACCUGCUUAGUUGAAAUGGUGUAAGAAGAUCUCGGUGUGCAAGAGACACAGCUCUGAAUCCAGAGCAUUUCUGCUUGUGCGUGGAAAGCUCCUCUUUACCAGCUUUCACCAGUGGCGUUUUUGCUUCUGUAGGAAACUUGCGAGUGAAACAAUGGUCUCCCUUUUGCAAGUGUCUUAACUUCCUCUUUAAUUUGGUUUUCAUGUCAAGUCCGCUUCUUGUAGCGGCUGAAUGAUUUACUGAGGAUCCGGGGUGGGGGGGAAGGUGAUGGCAGCAUAGAACUGCAUCACUUCUUUGACAAGGUAAAAAAUGGGGGGUCCUUAGGAAGCCGUCCUUUCAGCAGAAAGGACGUGAUGUGAGGUUUAUAUAGAGUUUAAAGCACAAGUCUUCAAAGGUCAUUUAGGAAAUGGCGAUGUUGCCCUGGCUGUACAGCAACAGGGGUUACUGUGACAGCCAAUCCCUUCGGAAAACGAUUGUUCUGAGGUUUGCCCAACUUGAGCAGUCUGUGCUUAAAGAGAUUGCACGGCCUUGUUUCCUGUGGUAAGAAGCUGGGGUUGGAGCAGGCUCCCUUGGCACAGUGCUCUGCCUUCCUUAAAGGAGAGCCCUUUAUCUCUUUGCUUGUUAUUAGUCUUUUGGGGGAAUUUUUGUGUAAGGGGCUUUGGGAAUAGAGCAGUGAGCUGGGUCUGCUUCCCAGUGCUGACUGCUGGAGAACAACUGCUUUUCUGCUAAACUGGUGAAGUCAGAUGUAAUAGGUAACAUUUGACUCGCAUUUACUGUUCUCUGGGCUAGCUCCAUGUUUGUAUGCCUGCGGGUUUUGGGGGCUCACUUCUACCUCCCUUUUGAAAGAGCUUCUUCCCCAUGACCCAUUCUGAUAUGUGGAGAUGGGAGGUCUUCUGACAGCCCUUUUUCUCCAAUGGAGAUGUUUGUCAGGAAGAUUCCUGUCUAAGUACCUCACAGUGAAUAUUCUUUCUAAUGUGAUUGUCCCCAGCACCAAAUUGACAGUUUAUAGCUCUGCUUUUACCUCCUCUGGGGAAAUGGUAUUGUUUUAUAAUUGCAAAUUAAUAUGCAAGGAGAGAGAACCACCUAUUCCUCAGCAUGGAGAACUUGCAUUGUCUCAAAAAAUAGGCACCCUUUAUAAAAGUCUUCCCAAGCUAAAAAUCAUAGAUGAAGAAUGCAUUUUUAAAGUGACUUUCUCGGAGAAAUUCAGUUCAAAUAAAUUUCUGAAUGCAGAUAAAACUCAGUAUGAAGUGAUGCUAUUUACAUACUGCACAUCUACACCCAAGUGUAAAGAUCCAGGCAUUCUUUGUAUGGAAUAAAGAAGAUUCUUGUUCUA